CUCACUAACAACGAGUCACUGUGGAAUUUGCGAAGGACCCCCAACUCGAUCACGAAAAAUUCGAUCCACCUCGCGCAAACGUUAAGCAAAUCGCUGCCCAAGUGCCUCAGAAACUCAAAGGCACCUUCGAAAUCCACUGUAACAGCACCGCACCGAUGAGUGGAGACCAUGACAGCAUCACGGUCACUGCCAAACCCAAGGAAGUGGCGCCGUUCCUCAAGAGCUUGCGUCAGAUGCUCAAUUCGGAGAACCCUGCCAUCCUACGCUGGAUGCCCGACGGCAAGGCCUUCGAGAUCCACGAUAUGGACGCCAUGAUGCGCCUCGUGCUGCCCAAGUACUUCAAGCACGGCAAAUACACGAGCUUCCAGCGCCAGCUCAAUUACUUUAGCUUCCGUAAGUGGACCAAGUCCAAGGCUGUCGUCUGCACCUUCUCGAAUCCCUUUUUCCAGCGCGACCAGCCAGCGCUCGCCUGGCGUAUCACGCGUAAGAAGUCGCUACAUUCGAUUGAUAAAAGCCCCAAGAGCGGUAGCACCAAGGUCCAGGCCAAAGCCCAGAAGUCGACGCAACCUCCCAAGCCAAUUGUGAUCAAGCUACCGUCGAGAGAAGCCAGCAAUCCGGCCUCGUUAUCAUCUCCUACGGACGCGUACUCGUUGGCGAACACACUGGACCUGCGCAACAUGUACGGUGAGGUGUCGGAGAUCACCUUCCACGACCCAUUAAGCGGGUUGCUGGACGACUACUCGCUCGAUUGGGUCGAUGUACUCUACUC